AUGGGAGUAGUUGCUCUGGUGUACGAUCCGAACCGGAAAGCGUGGUCACUGGACCUUCAAGAAUCUACAACUGAGCCGAUAAAGUUUGCAAAGAAAGGUGGACGACGUGGUCCACCCAACUGGAGACCAGAUAUAAAUGGAAAUAUCACUGCAAGAAGGUCUGUGGAUGCCAAACAAAGCAGUGACAACUCUGAAGAGAGGGACAAGAUCAAUCUGGCAGAGCAGAGUUUACUAAACAAAAUGAUCAGAACCAGUUUAGUGAAGAACAGGAACCAGGUGGAAGUGCUCCAGCGAGACCCCAACUCUCCGCUGUUCUCUGUGAAGACGUUUGAGGAGCUCAGACUAAAACCUGAGCUUCUGCAGGGGAUCUACAACAUGGGCUUCAAUAGGCCGUCUCGAAUCCAGGAGAGCGCUCUGCCCAUGAUGCUGGCGAAACCUCCCCAGAAUCUAAUUGCCCAAUCACAGUCUGGAACAGGAAAAACUGCUGCCUUUGCUCUGGCUAUGCUCAGCCAUGUCAACCCUGCCAACAAGUGGCCACAGUCCCUGUGCCUUGCGCCGACGUUUGAGCUUGCUCUUCAGAUUGGUCAAGUGAUCGAGCAAAUGGCCAAAUUCUAUCCUGAUGUCAACUUGGCGUACGCUGUAAGAGGCAACAGAGUGAAUCGCGGAGUGGUGUUGGAGGAGCACAUAGUCAUUGGAACCCCUGGAACAAUGCUGGACUGGUGCACCAAAUACAGAGUCAUAGACCCGAAGAAGAUCUCUGUAUUUGUGCUGGACGAGGCAGAUGUGAUGAUCGCCACUCAGGGACACCAGGACCAGAGCAUCCGUAUUCACAGGCUUCUACCUGUGGAGUGUCAGAUGCUGCUGUUCUCAGCCACGUUUGAGGACUCUGUGUGGAAGUUUGCCGAGCGCGUUGUUCCUGAUCCCAACAUCAUCCGUUUGCGGCGCGAGGAGGAGACCCUCGACACCAUCAAACAGUUCUACACCAUCUGUACCGAGAAGGAGGAAAAGUUCAUCGCCCUGUGUAACCUCUAUGUGGCUCUCACCAUCGCACAGGCCAUCGUCUUCUGCCAGACGCGUAAGAUGGCUAUGUGGUUGGCUUCAAAGUUGAACGAACAGGGUCACCAGGUUGCACUCCUGAGCGGUGAGCUGACAGUGGAGCAAAGGGCUGCGGUCAUCAAAAGGUUCAGAGACGCUAACGAGAAGGUGCUGGUGACGACCAAUGUGUGUUCCAGAGGUAUUGACGUGGAGCAGGUGUCGGUGGUGGUGAAUUUUGACUUGCCGGUGGACCUGGAUGGAAAUGCAGAUAAUGAGACGUAUCUGCACAGGAUCGGCCGCUCGGGCCGUUUUGGCAAGAGGGGCUUUGCUGUGAAUAUGGUGGACAGCGACCACAGCAUGGAAGUGCUCCGCCAGAUAGAGAUGCACUUCAACAGAAAAAUCAUGAAACUUGACACUGAAAAUCUUGAGGAAAUGGAAAGGCAGCUCACGGGACAGAUAUGA